AGUUCAUGUUUUUGAGAAGGACAUUAAAAUUGGUGAAGAGAUCCCCAACUCUUUUAACAAGUAAUGCAUUAAGGAACUAUUCCCAGAAAGCAUACAGGGAUUUAAACUACCAAACACAAGCUGCCACUGAAUUUGAGUCCGAAGCUGCUGAUGCUAAUCCGAUUAUGAGAUAUAUUGAUGAAGAGUUCAUCAGACAUCUUUCUGAAGAACAAAGGAUGGUAAAACUCAUGGAUCAAGACCCUGAGAGUUUCCCUCAACGAGUGAAAGGAGAACCCUUAGUUAGAUACUUUGAGAGACAAUACAAAGGAAUACUUCCUCAGAUAGUUGAAGAUUUUAACUUUAAUGCCCUUCCUGAGCCUGAAUCUACUACUAUUGAUGAUGAGCAGGGAGCAGAAGAUUCUGCUUUGAAACAUUUUAAAGCAAAGAAGUAAGAA